UCAAAACAUAACUUUUAAUAUAUUUGCUGGCUACAUUGAGUAAUUACUCUAUGACCAGCUGGCAUGCUUGUAACCAUUACGAAUCACACUCUCGUUGGAUACAAAAAUAGGUACAACACUUCCUUGCAUUGAAUACGGAUAUUGAUAGUUUACAACCAUCUGAAUUCGAGAAUUCGAUACAAAAUAAAAAUAUCGUUUAUCAAAUCAGACUGGGAUAAUAAUAUAAUUAUUUUCCGUGACCACAAUCAAAAUAAUGUAUGCGUGAGUAUAGAAUUUAGUGAAGUUAUUAGUUACUUAAUUAACUACUACGUAGCCAUGGUGUAUGGUCAAUGAAGAAAUCAUUUUUCGGUUCAAAAAUAUUAGAUACAUCCAUUUUAUUGUUCAGUGAUCCACGGUAAAAAUUGGUUUGUUCGUUGGUGUUUGAUAUAUUGUAUCUUAUAAAACAUAUUUUCAUCAACGAUCAACAAUCUUAGUCGUACAAAAGACUGCUGUCAAGUACAGAUUACAGUUGAAAGGUAUUAUUUAAUUAAUUUCAUUGUUUUCUAAUUAAAAUAUAUUUUUUUAAAUUGUUUUAAUGAUAACUAUUGCUAAAGCGUAUAGUUGUGCAUGAUGUUGUUUUAAAACUAGAUAUUUUACUUCACGUAUGAAGUAAUUUUAUUAGACCUGUUGGUUUUACUCUAAGAUUUGUUUAAUUUAUUCUAUAGUAAAGUUUUGCCUCCAGAAUCGUUUUGUAUUCAUCCAUCUACUGUUAAAUGAAAUUACACAGAAUUUAAUUUAUAAAUAAUUAUAUUAAGGUUAUAAAUAAUAUUUUUUUGCGAGACUAUAAUAAUAUAAUUAAAUCAAUUAUAAGUAACUAGUAAUUAUUUUUAAAACAAAAUUUUUGCCCCUCAAAUUUUGGCCUUACCUAUCUCCUAAAUUGAUGGAUAAUAAAUAGUAAUUACAUAAUUUAACUAUAGAUCCCCUGUAUUAAUUUAUGUUACUUAUAAAAAAAUUGUAUUUUCAGAAAUAUUAAUUUUUUCAAUUAAUAACAACUAUGGAAGCUAGUCUUAAACCAGUUGAAAUAUUUAAUUUGGUACGAUCAAUUGUCCAAAAUGUAAAUAUUAACAAUUUUGAGGAAAUGGCACACACAAUUAUUUCCAUACCACUGAAAACAAUUUAUAUAUUUGAAAACAUAGUGGAUAUAAUUUAUUUUCGGGCUUUAAAUAGACCCGAUUUUACAGUUUUAUAUGCAAAGUUAUGUGCAUACAUGGCCAAUCAUGCUGCAUUUAACAAACUUCACAAUUAUAAAACUACUUUUCAAAAUGUUUUAGCACAAAAAAUCUUCGAUAUGUUUACCUCAUAUUAUACUCGUACUCCUCAGAAUGAAGUACAUAAAUUGAAAAAAAAUUUUAUGAACAGUAAUAUGACCCCAUCUUUUUUCAAGAAUAUAUUGAAUAGUUUUCAUUUCCAAUAUUAUAAAAGGUCUUUAGCCCAUUGCAAAUUUAUCGGUGAAUUAUUCAAACAAGGGGCUUUUACCGAAAAAAAUAUAUUGUCGUUCAUUCACGAAUUGAUGAAAGUAAAAGAUAUUCUGAAUAUUCAUUGCUUAUGUAUAAUAUUACAAAUAGCAGGACAAAAAUUAUCAAAAACUCAUAAUUUGGACGGUAUAGUACAUCAUAUUUUAUUAUUUAAAAAUGAAAACACUGUCCUCAUAAAAAUGUCACCAACUCUUCAGUCUUUGAUAUUCAAAAUACAAAACUUGCAUUUAAAAUGUUGGAUACAUGAAGAACCUCUUAAGUUAAUUGAGGACAAUGAACAAUAUAUUUCCUUUGAAAAUUUGCCGGAGCAAUUAAAACAACUAUAUGAUCUUAAAUCAUAUACAGUAAUGGCCCAAUGUAUUAUUGAUGAAUGUAUGGCUGUUCUUAACGGUUUUGACAAGAUAAAUAUCAAUGAAAUAGUACAUUCGUUAAAAUAUAUCAACUCGUGGCUACAUUACGAUCAAGUGUCAUUCGUUGCUUCUAUGAUACUUAUAACACUAAACGAAGACCAAAGUAUUCGCCAAAAGGCUGGUAUACUUUUAAACUUAUUUAUUAAGAAAGGCUUGUUAUUAAUUGAUUCGGUUUUAUCGGGAAUUGACAAAAUAAUGGAUGACUCAGAAUUGAAAAUAGAACUUCCAAGAUUAUCAGAUUUAUUAUUUGACAUCACUAGUAGGAUUACAUAUCUGAAUUAAUUUUGUAUAACUUAAUUUAUACUGUUUUGUAUUGUAUA